AUGGCCGCGCUCCGCCACCUCGCCGCCGGCCCCACCUACCACCACCACGGCGUCGCGGCAGCCACCGCCUCCCUCCAGCUCCAUCGCCUCCCCCUUCCCUCCCGCCCCCUCCGCUCCCGCUCCUUCACCAGGGUUUAUGCAAUCUCCAGCAAUGACAUCAGGGUCGGCACCAACGUCGAGGUCGACGGCGCGCCAUGGAAAGUUCUAGAGUUCCUCCACGUCAAGCCAGGAAAAGGUGCUGCUUUUGUCAGGACAAAAUUGCGUAACUAUGUAACCGGCAACACAGUUGAGAAAACCUUCCGGGCUGGAAGUACGCUGCAGGAACCAUCCCUUUCAAAGGAGACCAAGCAAUUUACAUACAAGGAUGGCGCCCAGUUCGUGUUCAUGGAUCUGACAACAUUUGAAGAAAGUCGGUUAAAUGAAGCAGAUGUCGGUGACAAGCAAAAAUGGCUGAAAGAGGGGAUGGACUGCAAUUUGUUGUACUGGAAUGGGAAGAUCAUUGAUUUCGAGCUCCCAAUCACUGUGAGGCUGACUGUAACUGAUACUGACCCAGGGGCAAGUGAUAGUGCGCAAGGAGGAACAAAGCCUGCAACCCUGGAAACUGGAGCUGUUGUCACUGUGCCCUCUUUUGUGAACAUAGGCGAUGAUAUUCUGGUUGAUUCAAGAACUGGGCAGUAUAUGAAUCGAGCAUAG